UAUUGAUGUUAACGAAGAAGAGAAGAGAAAGAAAAGAGAAGCCCUAGCCCGCGGUGACGUUGAAGUGCAAAAAAUGGUGAGCUAAGCCCUAACUCCAAACACAACCCAUUUGGAGUUUGUUACAACACACUUCAGUCCUUUCAUUUCAUUUCCCAACCCAACACCCUCACUUCAUCACUUCACUUUCAACUGCUUCUUUCUUAACAAUCACACACAGAUAGAUCAUUUUUAAUGGCGCAACCACCUCUCAUUGGAGAAACGCCUAUUUCUAUCCCUAAUUCUUCCUCUUCUUCCGCAACUCCUGCAACAUCACCGGCGGCACCAAUCUCUUAUGGCGUCAAUCAAAACGUCAACGCUUCUGGGAAUUCUCAACAGUCAUCUUCACAUUCUGGGAUGAAACCUAAUUCGGGUGUGAAUCCUCCACUAGUUCCUGGUUUCCCUCCACGUGCUGCCACCCCUUCAUUUUCAUAUAACGUUUCCCAAAGUGUAGCGCCUUUUACUGGAAACCAACAUGCACAAUCUAGCACUAACAUGUCGGAUUCCAUUGCACAAGAUUUUAGUAAAGUGUCAUCUGCAUCGAGUAACCCGCAUCCUAUUCCUGCUCCUACUUCUAUAUCUGCAAUGCCGCCACCCUCUGACCCUAAUUACCGGCCAACUACUUUAUGGAUGCCAACUGCCCCAACUUUUCCUGUCCAUACUUUAAUGCCUGGUACUCCUGGUCCUCCUGGGUUAGCAAAACCUGGGAUAAUGCCCUCCAAUCCAGCUGCUCCAUCCUCCAAUACAGAUUUUCCCUCAUCUGCAGUACCGAGACCAAAUAUGCCAACUGCACCAAUUGGAUCAGAUCCUAAUGCGUCACAUAAAGGCUUACCCUAUCCACCGAUACCUUCCAUGGUUGCUCCCCCUCAGGGAUUUUGGUUACAGCCUCCACAGAUGAGUGGUGUACAUAGGCCACCAUUUCUUCAAUAUCCUGCUGCUUUUCCUGGUCCCUUUCCAUUUCCAGCACGUGGUGUUACUCUACCUGCUGUUCCAGUACCUGAUUCUCAACCUCCUGGCGUUACUCCUGUGGGUGCUGCUGGCAUUUCUGCAUUUUCUGUUUCCAGUCAUCAGCUGAGGGGAACAUCUGGUUUGCAGACAGUAGUAAUUUCAGCACAUGCUGAUGACAAGAAACUAAAUGCCACCGUGACACAUAAUGAGGAUGCUGCUAAUGAUCAACUAGAUGCUUGGACUGCCCACAAGACUGAAGCAGGGAUUGUAUACUAUUAUAAUGCCUUGACAGGGGAAUCAACAUAUGAUAAACCUGCUGGAUUUAAAGGGGAGGCUCACCAAGUUUCUGUGCAGCCGACUCCAGUUUCAGUGGUAGAUUUGCCUGGUACUGAUUGGCAAUUGGUCUCUACUAGUGAUGGGAAAAAAUAUUACUAUAACAAUCGAACCAAGACAAGCUGCUGGCAAAUUCCAAAUGAGGUGGCUGAAUUGAAAAAAAAGCAGGAUGGUGAUGCUGCAAAAGAUCAUUUAAUGCCAGUUCUAAAUGCUACUGUAUUGCCUGAUAGAGGGUUUGGAAUGGUUACACUGAAUGCUCCGGCCAUUACUACUGGUGGUCGUGAUGCUGCAACUGUCAAACCCUUUAGUGUACAGAGCUCACCAUCGGCACUGGAUUUGAUCAAGAAGAAGUUGCAGGAAUCAGGAACACCUAUCACAUCCUCUUCUAUUCCUAUGCCAUCAGUGCAACCAGGAUCUGAAUCAAAUGGUUCAAAAGCAACCGACUCUACAGCCAAGAGCCUGCAAAAUGAUAAUAGCAAAGAUAGACAAAAAGAUGCUAAUGGUGAUGCUAAUGCCUCUGAUACAUCUUCAGAUUCAGAAGACGAGGAUAGUGGGCCUUCAAAGGAAGAGUGCAUAAAUCAAUUUAAGGAGAUGCUUAAGGAGCGAGGUGUGGCACCAUUCUCCAAGUGGGAGAAAGAACUGCCAAAGUUCGUAUUUGAUCCUCGUUUUAAGGCCAUCCCUAGUUAUUCUGCUAGGAGAUCCUUGUUUGAACAUUACGUUAAAACUCGUGCGGAAGAAGAGCGCAAAGAAAAACGUGCAGCACAGAAGGCUGCAAUUGAGGGAUUUAAGCAGUUAUUAGAUGAAGCCUCAGAGGAUAUUAAUCACAACACUGAUUAUCACACUUUUCGAAAGAAAUGGGCGAACGAUUCACGGUUUGAGGCAUUGGACCGCAAGGAACGGGAGCACCUUCUGAACGAAAGAGUGCUUCCUUUGAAGAAAGCCGUUGAAGAAAAAGCUCAAGCAAUGUGGGAUGCAGCUGCUGCCGGUUUUAAGUCAAUGCUUAAAGAACAAGGAGAUAUAACUUUUAACUCCCGUUGGUCCAGGAUUAAAGAGAGUUUAAGGGAUGACCCAAGAUAUAAAUCUGUGAAACAUGAGGAUAGGGAAGUUUUGUUCAAUGAGUAUAUAUCCGAGUUGAAAGCUGCUGAACAUGCAGCAGAACGAGAGAGCAGAGCUAAAAAGGAGGAGCAGGAGAAGCUGCGGGAGAGGGAACGGGAAUUGCGUAAAAGGAAGGAAAGAGAAGAACAUGAAAUGGAAAGAGUACGAUUAAAAAUUCGAAGGAAGGAGGCAGUUACUUCCUUGCAAGCUUUACUUGUGGAGACAAUCAAAGAUCCAAUGGCAUCAUGGACAGAAUCGAAGCCUAAAUUAGAGAAAGAUCCUCAAGGACGUGCAACUAAUUCUGAUCUGGAUUCAGCUGACAUGGAAAAACUCUUUCGAGACCAUAUAAAGAUGCUUCAGGAACGAUGUGCACACGACUUUAGAGCUCUUCUGGCUGAAGUCUUGACUUCUGAAGCUGCAUCUCAGGAAACCGACGAUGGUAAAACAGUGCUCAAUUCAUGGUCUACGGCAAAACGUCUUUUAAAAUCUGAUCCAAGAUAUAACAAGUUUCCACGAAAAGAUAGAGAAGCCUUGUGGCGCCGGUAUGUAGAGGAUAUGCUGCGGCGGCAAAAGUCAUCUCAUGAUUCAAAGGAAGAUAAACAUACAGAUGCCAGAGGUAGAAAUUCUCAACAAUCUUCCAAACUUCCAUUGGAAUCAGGGAGAUCUCAUGAGAGACGAUAAUUUUGUUUGUAAUUCCUGUGUUACUGUUUUCGUCAGAAUUCAUAGAUUAGGUUUCUUGACAUUGAAGCCUGAUAUUAAAACAGAACUAUAUUACACACAUAUUGGAAGAAGUUCUAAAGGUUGUGAUUGUAUAUCACUCUUAUUUUUCAGAGCGCUUUGGCAUGAUAUGAAUAUCCUUUUAUUGUACAAUCGUUAAUGAGGGCAGUGUCUCCAAUCCUUUUCAA